GUAAGUACAAGGGUGAAGCCGUUACUAUCGAUUCACGUAGCCCCGCCGAGACGAACAAGGGGAAUCUUUGGUGUUUUCUCUGUAGCCGACAUCCGAUCGAACCGACAUGCAAAUGCUUAAGAGGUGGCCAUCACCUUAAACAGCGGUGCUUUUCGUCACCAUCAAUAUCUACAUUUCCCGUCUCUCGUAGUCGUAUUUGUCUCUCUUAACACAAACUUUCUUUUAGUCCGACAAAUAUCAUACAAUGUUGUUCUUAUUCUCCGUCGCCAUUGCGCAGCUCUUGGUUUCCACCACGGCCCUCUCUGUUGCCAAACGCGCUACCGACUGUGCAGGCAUCGAGAGCGGCACCACCUACAAAGCCGGCGGCAAGCUGUUCGCCGUCGAAGCAGACGCGCUUCGAACCAACAAUAACCUCGCCCUCCCUCUCUUUGGUGGCUCAUUUAUCGACUGCAUGACCAGCUGCGCGACAACCACCGGUUGCACCGACGUGUCCUACACCUCAGGGGGCACAUGCUACCUCAAGCAAGGCACCGUCGGCGGUAUCACUGGCAUAGAAACCGGAACCUGUGAUGGCAAGGUUGUGCAGCCCUCCUCCACGUGCAACCACACCGCCAACGCCGUCGUCAACGGCGACUUCGAAAAUCAGUGCUGCGGCUACCUGGCCCCCUGGAUCGUUGUCCCUGGCCGCUCCUCCGACAACACUGUGCUUAAGGGCCCCGGCGCUGGAGGCGGAACCGUUGCGCCCGGCCCUGCAGACGGCAACUACGUUAUCAGCGUGCAACAAACGCAAGAGAACGCCAUCUCGUACAUCACCCAAGGCAUCUCCGUCUGCCCGGGCACCACAUACCGCCUUUCCUUAGCUGCUCGCCGCAACUCAGCCGCGGCGACUGCGCUGGCGUUCUAUGUCUCGGCAACAGUAGAUGUCGGUACCAAGGGCUACAACAUCAUCAUGUAUUCCAAGAACGUUGCUUCCUCUUCUUGGACGACGUUCACGGCGGAUCAGGACCUCGUUAUUCCUGCUACGGAGUUGACUUCCACGUAUGGCGUUCUCCAGAUUCAGUUCAGCAAUGUGGCCCAGGCAAAUACGGGAACCAAAGAGUUGUGGAUUGACAGCAUUCAGCUCAUGCCGGUAUCUUGAAAGCUUGAAGUGGACGAUGAUUUCAUGGAAAACGGGAAGAGGCUGGCCUUUUGAUCUACAAGUGCGAUCUGUAUAUUAAAAAAAGGAGGUCUAAUACCCUGAUUUUACUGGAUGCGUUUUGUCUCAUUAUUUUUCCUGCUUAUAUGAAAUUAAGCUACAAAGUAAAAGAUACAUCAUUCUACAUAUCGUCGAAAAAACAAGCAUCUCCACGGCCACCAGACUCCAAAUUCUUCACUCGAUCUCUUCAUCGCUGUCACCCUCGUCUUCGAUUUCUUCAAUGCUGUCACCCGCGUCUUCGAUCUCGGCCGUCCC